GGAGUGCGGAAUCGGAACGUCCCUCAGCAACCGAGUUCUUGCCGGGGUCGCUAGCUGCUGACGUGUGCCUGACCGGCUUCAGGCCCGGGGUUGCGGGUCGCUAUGGCGGUGGACAUCACACUGCUCUUCCGAGCUAGCGUCAAGACAGUGAAGACGCGGAAUAAGGUUCUGGGAGUGGCCGUGGGUGGCGGGGCCGAUGGCAGCCGGGACGAGCUGUUCCGCAGAAGCCUUCGGCCCAAGGGAGACUUCUCCAGCCGGGCCCGUGAAGUGAUUUCUCACAUUGGGAAGCUGAGAGAUUUUCUCCUGGAGCACAGGAAGGAGUAUGUUAAUGCCUACAGCCACACCAUGUCUGACUAUGGGAAGAUGACAGACACAGAGCGAGACCAGAUAGACCAGGAUGCUCAGAUAUUCAUGAGGACCUGUUCAGAAGCAAUCCAGCAACUCAGAACAGAAGCCCACAAGGAGAUACAUUCCCAGCAAGUGAAGGAACACAGGACUGCGGUUUUGGAUUUCGUUGAAGAUUACUUAAAAAGAGUGUGUAAGCUUUACUCUGAACAGAGAGCCAUCCGAGUGAAGCGCGUGGUGGACAAGAAAAGACUAUCUAAGCUGGAACCUGAGCCACAUACAAAGAGGAAAGAAUCCACAUCUGAGAAAACCCCUCAGAACGCUUCCCAGGACUCUGAAGAAAAGCCUGCUGCUGAGGAGUUGCCAGAAAAGCCUUUGGCUGAAUCACAGCCGGAACUGGGAACCUGGGGUGAUGGCAAGGGUGAAGAUGAGCUGUCUCCAGAAGAGAUACAGAUGUUUGAACAAGAAAAUCAGCGACUCAUUGGUGAAAUGAACAGCUUGUUUGACGAAGUAAGGCAAAUCGAAGGGAGAGUUGUUGAAAUUUCCAGACUCCAAGAGAUAUUCACCGAAAAGGUUUUGCAACAGGAAACUGAGAUCGACAGCAUUCACCAGUUAGUCGUGGGGGCAACUGAAAAUAUUAAAGAAGGCAACGAAGACAUCCGAGAGGCCAUCAAAAACAACGCAGGCUUCCGAGUGUGGGUCCUCUUCUUCCUCGUGAUGUGCUCCUUUUCCCUGCUCUUCCUCGACUGGUACGACAGCUAGCCCACCAGGGCCGCGCCUGCGCCUGCACCACUGCCUUGGACACACCACGUGCCAGCAUGUGUCUCAUCUGCUGUGGAGCUGUGUAAGGUCUGAGGACUGGGAAAACACCGCCCCCAAGCCAACCUUUCGAACCUCUCAGGACCUGGAAAUACAUGGAUUGCAAGUGCCCUUCAGGCCAUUAGGAGCUGCACCUUCAGGACAGGCCACGAGCAUGGUGGGGACUGAGCAGAGCAAGGAGAUGGCAGGCCUCCUAUCCCCAUUAUAGGCUCGGAGCCCCAUCUCCUGCCCUUCCCACGCCAGUAGCUUCAGGGGAGAACAUGCCUAAUUUUGCUAAAGUCAUCAGUUCUUAUUUCCUUGUGGCAUCUAAUGUGUGCUGAUAAGUGGCCAUUUUGUCAUAGAAAAUAAUUCACAUCUGCCUUGUCAAGCUAAUAAACGCAAUUACAGCCACUUACUGCAGUCAGUGAGUCUCCACUGAGCCCCUCUGGCCACCACCUGGCUGGACAGGCAGGCUCUGGUGCCCUCCACUAGGCCUCUCUCCUGACCUGGCUCCCCAGCUUGUUAACAGCAAAGCUAGGGCCUAGAGGCACAGGAAGCCCCAUUUCCUGCCACUGGGUCCUGGAUGUUUGUGUUCCAAGAAGGGUGUGGACCUCCGAAGAGUGGACCUUCUGCAUACUUGCCCCUCUAGAAGAGGCCAUGGGGUUGCCUUUUGAGAACUAGAAGUGUGUGGCACAUGGCCUACAUCUGUGUACAGAUGUAUCUGGGUUGCACAAUUCCUGCUGAAGCACAUGAGUACAGACAGUCCAGUGUGCGGCUUAGGUACCCACAAGUUCUUUAUUUGUAGAGUGAACAUGAGAAGUUACAUUGGGAGAGUUCACAGUGGGUAAAGGGCUACGUUAGAAAACACAGCGGGCCUGCCUACCGCACGCACACGGCCCGUGAGUCGGAUCCCUCUACAGACAAGUUUUGGCACGUGUAUUGCUCUUUCCGCAUUCCUGGCAGUUUCCCAGUGCACUUCAAGCUCAUGACUGUGUGACCCCUCCCCCUGUACUGAGCUCAUGGCCUUUGUUUUAGAACACCUCAACAAUAAAUAAUGUUGUCUCAGUAGCACACCUCAGGAAGCAGCAGUGGCGCUGAUGGUGGCCACCAUGCUUAUUCACAAAGGUCUCAGACUAUUUGCCAUUUAUUUCUGACCUAAUAAAGAACACCGAGACUUCUGACAUGCCCACCAGAAAUAACACAUUCUGAGAACAUGGAAGAAAACAAUCAGGAAUAGCUUUUUCUAUUUAAUUGUCUUACACAUUUAGUUUACCUACUGGUGAUUUUGUAAACAUAUACUUUAAUGUCAAGAUUCAGAUUGAAACAUAAACAUACUUUUCUUACAAA